AGAAACGAAAGCGAAAGAGGCGCAGCGGAGGGGCAGCGCAGCCAUGGCGGGGCCGCGGCCGGGCUCCUUCCCGCUGCUGGUGCGCGGCGACUGGGGCACCGCGGAGCCGCCGGCCGCGCUGCGCAAGAAGCUGCUGCUUUACUUCCAGAGCCCGAAGCGCUCGGGCGGCGGGGAGUGCGAGCUGCGGUGCGGACCCGGGCAGCUGCUCGUCUGCUUCGCUCAACCCGACGUGAUGCGCCGGGUGCUGGACCGGCCGGCGCACGAACUCGAGUGGGGGCCUCGCGGGAAGCUGUCGCUGCUCGUCACCGCGCCGCCGCAGGAGGGCGCCCGUUCCCCGCAGCAGCCGCCCGCUCAGCCCGAGGCGCCAGCUGACGAACCCGUGCCGUCUGUACCCACUCUCGCGGAGCACGAUGCCGCCGCGGCCGCAGGAACGGGGCUGUCCCCGCAGCGCCCACCGCCCCAGGAAGCGCCUCCGGAGGUGCACGAGCUAGGUGCCCAAGAAGCCUUGCAAUGGGAGCGUCCAUCAGCUGAGAGAACCAAGCUGGCUGUGAAGUCUGGUGAGAUGGAGACUGCCCCAGAGCCGUGCCAAAUGGAAAGCUCUGAAGUAUCCCUUUCUCCCCCCUUAAUUGUGCUUGAAAAUGUGCGGGAAACCAUAAGCAGUUAUAUGUUAACCAUGCUGGUGGAGAACAUCAGUGACUUGUCAGAGGAAGAUGGGGACUUCAGUGUGGAAAUGAUACCCGAACUGCGGGCUGCUGUUGUUGCUUUUACUGGAAAUGCUGCUACAGCGGACAUUGUUAAGAAGCUAAAUCGAAGCGAAAGAGCAAAUAAGCAAAACUUAAGUGCACGUCUCCUCGAGUUAACAAACUGUAUUAGAGCUGAAAAUAUACCACCUAACACACCCAAUGACUAUAUAUCUAUCUACUUUGAGAACAAGAAGAAUGGAGGUGCGCAAGUGGUGGAUGUUCUUCAACUGUGUGAUGAAGGUGCAGCUAUCAUUACGUUCAAGAACCAUCAAGAUGUAAACAAUGUCUUGUCAAAGCAGCACUCUCUCAACAAAAGACCGAUAUCUGUCUAUCCUUACUAUGUCUCACUGGGAACAGCUCUAUAUGGAAAGGAAGGGCCACAAAUAAAGAAACCAGAUCCAGUUACACUGCCGCUGGACCCCUUUAUCUGGCAGUUCUUACGGAAAAAGAAUAGCCUCAUCGAAGCGAUAUGUUCUGAGAUGGCAAAUUGUCAUUGUGAGAUAACAUGGCCUAAAGGCAACUGUGCAGAGCCAAAAGUUAUUCUGCAUCCUUCAGCUGCUUUGUCCGAGAGGAAGAGAUCAGUGGCUCAAUUGAUCAGGACAUGGAAUGCAGUGGCUUCCACAACAUUUUCAUAUAGCAUAUCACAGUACAAAGUAGAGAAGCUUAAAGUAAGUGCAGAGGUGUGGGAAGUCAUUAGAACCAGCAUUAACCACAAUGAACGUUUGAUGAUCUCAUUUCUUCCGAAGGAUUUACUUGUUGUAGUAGGCCACAAAGACAUUCUGAAGAAUGUUGUCCGAGAACUGAAUUUGCAGAUAGAAAAAGUCACCAGAGAAAUUGAAAGAGAAAAGCAAACGACUGAAGAAAUAGUGAUUCUGAGUCCAGGGGAUUUUGCAAUUUUGCAGAACGUUGGUCUUGAAGAAAGAAUUUGCAUGGAAUUCCCAACUCUGAAGCUAACUUACGAUCCUGUGCAGAAGAUAAUUAACCUAUAUGGACUGCGUGAGGAAGUUUAUAAAGUGAAAGGGGAGAUAUUGGUUAAUAUGCAAAAAAUGACAAAGAAAACCGUUACUCUCCACCCUUUUGUGUUCCAGUUUUUACAAAGUAUUGAUAAUGAAACCCUGUCACAGAGCCUGUUUUUGUCAAAACACAUUAGUGCCUUUUAUGAGCUUGGCCCAGAUGCUGUCCUCCUGAAAGGAAAUGAUGGCGAAACUCUCCUGAAAGCAGAAGAAGAGCUAAAGAAGGAACUGGACUACAAAAGCAUUACUUUAGAAGAUGAGUCCAUCCUCCAGAAGGAGGAAUGGAGAGUGCUUACUGAGGAGAACUGCUGUAAUGGAGCUGUAACAGUCACUCAGAAAGAGGCUGAGAUCAUUGUUGCUGGUUUUUCUCAAGCAGUAGCAAAAGCUUUUGAAGAACUUUUUAACUUUGUAGAUGAGAACACGCAAGUACAGAAAGUCAUUGGAGGAAAGCCCACCGUAGUCCUAAUGUACAUCGAGAAAGAGAGGGCCUCUGUCUUGGAUGACUUAAAGAAUAAAGGUGUGAAAAUUGACUUUAGUAAAGUUAUAUCCUUGAGCGGACCGAGAAGAGAGGUGCUGAAGGGAACUACCCUAAUUGAGCAAAUGCUGUCCGGGCUGCAUUACAAGCGUGUGGUAAUUAGCGAGCCAGGAGCCAGGUCGUAUUUCAAAGAAAGAGAACGCUUUUUUGCUGCCAGUGUGAAACAUGAGUGUAACUGUCUAAUCAGACUGGAAGAGCAGCCAGAAGAGUAUCCAGAAGAGCAACAAGUACACAGUAACGUAGGCAAGCGCUAUACACAGAUGACCGUGCAAGGAGUUCUACUAGCGGUUUAUAAAGCCGACUUGUGCACUCAUCACGUUGAUGUUGUGGUGAAUGCAUCAAAUGAAGACUUGAAACACAUUGGUGGCCUCGCUUGGGCACUGCUCCAAGCAGCUGGUCCAGAGCUGCAGGCUGAGUGUGAUGAGGUGGUGAGGAAGAGCGGGAGUCUGCAGGCUGGGUGUGCCGUGAUCACGGGAGCGGGGAAGCUCCCCUGCAAACAGGUCAUCCAUGCUGUUGGGCCCCGGUGGAAGGAGCAGGAUGCAGGAAAGUGUAUGUACUUGUUAAAAAAGACCAUUAAAAUGAGCCUGCAGCUGGCUGAAACAUACAAUCAUCGCUCCAUUGCUUUCCCUUCUGUAAGCGGAGGGAUUUUUGGCUUCCCGCUGCACAAGUGUGUAAAUGCAAUUGUGUCAGCCAUCAAGAAAACCCUGGAAGACUUCAACGGGAAAAGCAGCUUGAAGGAGAUUCAUCUUGUGGAUGUCAUAGAGGACAACGUUCAGGCUUUCAUCAAGGCACUGAAAGAAGAGUUUUCAGAUGAUGUACCUCUUAACAACCCGGUGCGAUCUCUUAACAGUCAGACCAACAUUGUUCAUCAGCCUAGCAAAAGGACAGCUUCUCAAAGCAGCAUGAACUUUGCAGUGGUAACAACUGAGGAAGGCCUUGACAUCAUGCUGAAAAAAGGAAACAUUGAAGAUGUCACAACAGAUGGUGUUGUCAUCAGUGUUGGUGGAGAUCUGCAGCUUGAGAAAGGACAACUCGCCAAAGCUUUGCUAAGCAAGGCAGGGCCAAGGCUUCAGGCAGACUUAAAUGACGAAGGCCUGGGGAAGUCACCUGGUGAAGGAUCUGUGUUCACAACAAAAGGUUACAAUCUGAGCUGCAGUUAUGUGUUUCAUGCUGUCACACCUAGAUGGUCAGAGGGAGGUGAAUCUUCAGUGAAGAUCUUGAGCAGGAUCGUCACAAAAUGCCUGCAGUCUGCUGAGGAACUAUCUUUAAAGUCCAUUACUUUCCCAGCGAUUGGAACAGGGAUCUUAGGGUUCCCAGGUUCUGUUGUUGCUAAAUUGCUGUUUGACAAGGUGUAUGAAUACAGUAGUAAAAAGAAAACCAAUUCUCUUCGGGAAGUUCACUUUCUGUUGCAUCCAAAAGACAUAAAUAUUCUUCAGGCAUUUUCAAAUGAAUUUGAGAGACGGUGUGGCAAUGAUGUAGAUGAGGCUAGCGAAGGCACGGCUUUCUUUGGUCCCAUUUCAAACCCAACACAGGAUGUAUAUGAAAUGACAAUUGGCUCCAUUAAGUUCCAGGUGGCCGCUGGUGAUAUUACCAAGGAAACUGGAGAUGUCAUUGUAAACAUAUCAAACAAAAGUUUCAAUCUCAAAACAGGUGUCUCUAAAGCAAUUUUGGAAGGUGCUGGGAAAGAGGUUGAAGAUGAAUGUGCUGCACUAGCUUUGCAGCCUAAUGAUGGCUAUAUAACCACCAAAGCAGGAAGCUUGCCGUGCAAAAAAAUAAUCCAUUUUGUUGCCCAAGAUGAUGUUAAAGUGCCAGUCUCCAAAGUGCUUCAGGAAUGUGAAUUACAGCACUACACCUCUGUUACCUUUCCGGCUAUUGGAACAGGUCAGGCAGGCCGUUUUCCAGAGGCAGUAGCUGAUGAGAUGAUGGAUGCAAUAACUGACUUUGCAAGGAGGAACUCUACUCCAUCUGUGAAAACUAUUAAAAUCGUCAUUUUUCAGUCAUAUCUGCUGAACGUGUUCCACACAAGCAUGAAAAAAAGAGAAAAUCCUGGUAAAACAAAAUCAAAAUCAUUUCUUUCCAGGAUGGCAUUGCUACUUACAGCAUUUGUGUCUCUCAUUGUAGCAUACCUGAUCCCUGAGAAACAUCCUCCAAAGGAAAAACGCAAAGCAGUUUUGGAAAAUAAAGUUGAUCAGGCUGUUGUUCAGAUUUGCGGUGAAAAUGAGAAACAAGUGGAAGAAGCAGAAACCUUGCUGAAAAGUACAAUUCUGAAGGAACAGUUUCAAAGAGAAAUCAAGGAUGAUUCCAUCUUGGAUUUUGAUGAGGCAGAGAAUGAGGAACUGCGUGACCUACAAAAGAGAUUAAAUAUUGCUCUGUUCUUGGGAGACAACUUUAUUCGAAUUACAGGAUUUAGCCAAGAUGUCUGGUUUGCUUACUCAAGUAUCCAAGAAAUGAUCCACAAGGUUAAAACCGCUAAAUACGAAGCGAUCAAGGCAGAACUUUAUCAAAACUUAAUUGAGUGGAAAUAUUUGGAAAAAGAUUCCUAUGUGUCCUUUGACAGUAUGACAAAUAUGUGCUUGGAAAAUGCUUUUAUAAGAAAGCAGAAAGAUGUUUCAGUCGUCAUUAAUAGGAAAAAGUACAUGGUGAAUAUAGAAGGUAGAUAUGCUACAGAUGGGGAAGGACAACGUAUAACACUGACACGUACUGAUAAAUCUGCAGAUCAGGAAUCAACAGCACUCCCCGAAAAAUGGGAAGAUAUGCAAAAUCAGCAGCUCAGAAUAGUGGAAUUGAAACCAGAUACAAAAGACUACAAACACGUGAAGGAAAGGUUUCUGACGACCGCUCCAUCACUAAAUCUGAAAAUUGAAAAGAUUGAAAGGGUACAGAACCCAUCUUUGUGGAAAGUCUACCAAAUAAAAAAGUGUCAAAUGGAUGACAAAAAUGGCAACAACAAUAAUGAGAAGUUUCUGUUCCAUGGGACUAGUGCAGAGUCGUUAACCUUCAUUAACAACUAUGGAUUUAACCGCAGCUAUGCUGGAAGGCACGCUGCGCAGUUUGGAAAUGGAACUUACUUUGCUGUUAAUGCCAGCUAUUCUGCCAGUGACACCUACUCAAAACCAGAUGCAAAUGGGAAGAAGCACAUGUACCUGGCUCGAGUCCUUGUUGGACAGUAUUCCCAGGGGACACAAGGAGCAAUUACUCCAGCAGCAAAGAGUGUUGGCAACAGUGUGGAUCUGUUUGACAGUUCAACCGAUAAUGUGAACAAUCCGUCCAUGUUUAUCAUAUUUAGUGAUAUUCAAGCUUACCCGGAGUACCUUAUCACUUUCACUAGAUGAGCCUUUUGAUUGCAGCCAUGAUUGCAUGUCUCUUAGCUUUUAUUUUAUAAAUCAGUCCUACAGAUCAACCAAAUCACGCAGUGAGAACUGUUUGUAGUUUUGUCAAAUUAAUUUCUAAGGCCUGUUUACGUUUAAGCGGCCUCUGGUUCUUUUUGAUAUCGUGAGCAUAGACUAACAUUUUUCCUCUCAGAGUAGUAGCUGAACGCAUUUAAGACAAGUUUAAUCUGGCGUGUAAUCUAACAGCAGUUUUCAGUAGAUGUCCCACGCCUCCCCUGUCGUGAUCCUCCACGCUGUAUUCUGGCCAUCCUAGCUGCAGCAGUGUUGGUGGGGGAGAGUGGAAGACUGAGUGCUUGGUCUCACACUUCUGAAAGAGUGAGAAGCUGUCGUCAACCGUGAUGCAGACUGCCGUGCACAGUUCUCAAUAAAUGAACUAUCUGUACUUAA